UUUUUUCAACUGCAAGCUCUUGCAGUGAUUGCAUCAGCAGUACCCUUCCCAAGUCGCCUGCCGCUCCUUGAUCACCCAUCUCUCUCUCUCUCUCUCUCUCUCCAAGUUCCAGACCCAUUUUCUUUCUCGUCCAGGAUUACUAGGAAAUCUUCUGAAGCGAUGCUGUAGAGGUCGUGAAGAGCUUACAAGUCGUAUUUUCAGAUAAAAAGAUUUCAACGGAAGUUUGACCGAUUGAAAAAUGAAGUUAGCGCCAAGGGAGGUAGAUAAGCUGGUCCUCCACAGCGCGGGGUUCCUCGCGCAGAAGCGGUUGGCUCGGGGGCUUCGGCUUAAUCACCCUGAAGCAGUGGCGUUAAUCGCCAGUCAGGUUCUGGAAUUCAUUAGAGAGGGAAAAACAGUUGCUGAGCUAAUGGAUAUUGGAAGGCAACUACUGGGAAGGCGGCAAGUUCUUCCUGCUGUCACCUAUCUCCUUGAUACCAUUCAGGUUGAAGGAACUUUUCCAGAUGGAACAAAGUUGGUCACCAUUCACAAUCCUAUUGCUAGUGAUAAUGGGAAUAUUGAACGGGCUUUGCAUGGUUCUUUUCUUCCAGUUCCAUCACUAGAUGUUUUUCCUGAUAUUGUUGAACAUUGUAUACCCGGUCAGUUGGUUGUUGGAGUUGGUGAUAUUGCUAUAAAUUGUGGAAGAAAAGCUGUUGUUCUAGAAGUUCUCAAUAAAGCAGACAGACCGAUCCAGGUUGGAAGUCACUACCAUUUCAUUGAAGUGAAUCCAUACUUGGUGUUUGAUAGGCGGAAAGCCCAUGGUAUGCGGCUCAACAUACUAGCAGGGACAGCUGUUCGGUUUGAGCCAGGCGAAAGGAAAUCUGUUACACUUGUCAGUAUUGGUGGGAAGCGUGUAAUAAGAGGAGGGAAUGGAAUUUCAGAUGGGCCAGUGGAAAGUUCUCAAGAAGUUAUGAAGGAUAUAUUUGCUAAAAAUUUUGGACAUAUGGAUGACAAUCUUUGUGUAGAUGGGAUGACAACAGAUGAUGGCAAUCUUACAACAAAAGUUUCUCGUGAAGUUUAUGUUAAUAUUUAUGGGCCUACAGUUGGUGACAAGAUCAGGUUGGGUGACACAAACUUGUUUGCUGAGGUUGAGAGAGACUUCACAGUUUAUGGUGAUGAAUGCAAAUUUGGAGGGGGAAAGGUUCUGCGUGAUGGAAUGGGACAAGCAACCGGAUAUCCAGUUGCUUCUUGUCUUGAUGCAGUUGUUACAAAUGCUUUGAUUAUUGAUUAUACAGGCAUUUACAAGGCUGAUAUUGGUAUCAAAGAUGGAAAGAUAAGUUCUGUUGGAAAGGCAGGAAACCCUGACGUAAUGGACGGUGUCCAGGAGGAUAUGAUAGUUGGAGUCAAUACUGAGGUUAUUGCUGCAGAAGGAAUGAUCGUAACAGCUGGUGGAAUAGAUUGUCAUGUCCAUUUUAUCUGCCCUCAAUUAGCACAAGAGGCAAUGUCAAGUGGUAUCACGACACUAGUUGGUGGUGGAACUGGUCCAGCACAUGGUACACGUGCAACUACCUGUACACCUGCUCCAAUACAAAUGCAGUUAAUGCUGCAAUCUACUGAUGACUUGCCCCUAAAUUUUGGCUUUACUGGAAAGGGCAAUAGUGCAAAAAGUGAGGGAUUACGUGAAAUAAUUGAGGCUGGAGCCAUUGGUCUAAAGCUGCACGAGGAUUGGGGAAGUACCCCAGCUGCCAUUGACAAAUGUUUGGCUAUUGCUGAGGAGUAUGACAUCCAGGUUAAUAUACAUACGGACACAUUAAAUGAAUCUGGAUGUGUUGAACAUACUAUUGAUGCAUUUAGAGGAAGGACGAUUCAUACAUAUCACAGUGAAGGUGCAGGUGGAGGCCAUGCACCAGAUAUAAUAAAAGUUUGUGGGAUUAAAAAUGUCUUACCAUCUUCAACAAAUCCUACACGACCAUUUACCUCUAAUACCAUUGAUGAACAUCUUGACAUGCUGAUGGUCUGUCAUCACCUUGAUAAAAACAUUUCUGAGGAUGUAGCAUUUGCUGAAUCACGAAUUCGAGCAGAGACAAUUGCUGCAGAAGAUAUUUUGCAUGACAUGGGAGCCAUCAGUAUCAUCUCAUCUGAUUCACAAGCUAUGGGUCGUAUUGGAGAAGUAAUCACUCGAACAUGGCAAACUGCUCACAAAAUGAAACUGCAAAGAGGAAACUCAAUUGAGCCUAUGGGUGACCAAAAUGACAACUUCCGGAUAAAAAGAUAUAUUGCAAAGUACACCAUAAACCCAGCGAUAGCCAACGGUUUUUGCCAUCUUCUGGGGUCAGUUGAGAAAGGGAAAUUAGCUGAUCUCGUUCUGUGGAAACCUUCAUUUUUUGGUUCCAAGCCAGAAAUGGUGAUAAAGGGUGGCUUUGUUGCAUGGGCUGAUAUGGGAGAUCCAAAUGCUAGCAUUCCUACGCCAGAACCUGUGUUUAUGAGACCUAUGUUUGGUGCAUAUGGGAGGGCUGGAAGCAACACUUCUGUUGCUUUUGUUAGCAAGGCUGCAAAUGAAAACGAUAUUUCAAAGUUGUAUGGUCUUAAGAAGCGAGUGGAAGCAGUCAAACAUGUGCGUGGGCUGACCAAAUUGGACAUGAAGCUCAAUGAUGCACUCCCUCACAUAGAAGUUGAUCCUGAAACAUAUGAAGUUACUGCAGAUGGCGAGCUUCUUACUUGUGAACCCCUCAGUGCUGUUCCACUCUCUCAAAAUUACUAUCUUUUCUAGUCUUGAACUAGUGCGUGUGAGUUUUCUUUUCGUUCUCUUGUUUGUAUCUUAUGCAUUUAAUGAGGAAUCCUUCAUUUCUUUAAGCUCCAUGCAUAAUAAUGUAGGCACAAGUUCUGAAUUUUCUGAUGUAUAUGCCUUCAACUGCAAGGAACUAUUGAAUGUUCUUGUGUCAACUUUCAGAGUUUUGCUCUCCAAGCUAGUGCUUUAGGCAAAACAAGCUUGAGGUUUGUAUCUUCACACACUUAAACUGCCAGUAUGCGAUAUAAUCUUUAAAUUUCAUGUUUGACAAUGCAGGCAGAGGUUCUGAAUUAUGCCUUAAACCGCAAGGAACUGCUAAAUUUUCUUUUAUGAUUUCGGAGAUUUGCUUUGCAUUCUAAUGUUUUAGGCAAAACAAGUUUGAGGGUUGUAUUGUCACGCACUUAGACUGCCAGUCUGCCAUCGAUGUGUACUUCAAUAUGCCAGCGACCAGUUCCCAAGUUUGAGGGAAAUGACUGAAUGUAAUAUACCUCUGAACUCC